GUUUGUUUAUUUGUACCUGGACUUAUUGAGAAAAGAUUAAGAUGGCUUACUACUAUUCAUGGGCUUCUGGGUUUUAUUUUAAAACUUAAGUGAAUCUGGGGAAGGAGGUGGUUGAAAAAAUGGACACUUUCCUCUUUGACUGAGGGAGGGAGGUGAGUGACCCAAGGGGAAGGUCAGAACACAAGUGCCUUCUAGGAGUUCAUUUGUAAGAGAGACCCCCUUUACCAGGGAAACAGGUCCUGAGCUCUAAUGUGGGAAAGUUGCGGUCAUGCCUUUAGAAGGCGCUGUUUCAUUAGGAUCAUCCUAAUGCCAGGGGCGGGAUGGGAAAGUCAGCGGUGACAUCAGCAGGAAACCAAUCUCAAGCCUGAUCCGGUUUUCAUUUCCAUAGCCAGCAACAAGUCUUAAGUUUUCUCCCGCGUCAAUUGGAACUUUCUUAGGACUUGGAGCACACAGAGGAUUCUAAUUUCUUCAAAACUUUGUUUUCAGGCAAUAUCCCUAAGAACCACUUGCCUCCAGAGGAUCAGUGGAAUUUCAUUUGAAGACUGGCCAUGUCAGUUCAAGGUCAAAAUUGGAUUUCCAGUGCAUUUGAUAAUAGUGCAGGGAACUUUCGCAGAAGGCUACUGGCUAUUGAUUCACAGCUGGGAGAUAAAGAAGUAGAACAAUUAAAGUUUCUCUGCCAAGAUUUCAUCUCCCAGAAAAAGCUGGAGAGGUCCAGCUCAGCCUUAGAUGUUUUUGAACUUCUCAUGACAAAGGAGCUGCUGAGUGAGCAAGAGCCCUUCUUCCUAGCAGAACUCCUCUACACCAUGAAGCAGCCCUUACUGCUGAAGCACCUCAACUACACCAAAGAGCAAGUACGGAUUUUGCUGCCCACUCUGAAGAAGGUCUCUCCAUUCAGAAACCUACUCUACGAACUGUCUGAAAGCAUCGACUCGGAUAUCUUAAAGGAAAUGACAUUCAUUGUGAAGGAAUCGUUACCCAAUAUCCAGCUGACCUCUCUAAGUUUCCUGGGACACCUGGAGAAACAAGCUCUAAUAGAUGCAGAUAAUCUGGUGUUACUGGAGAAUCUCUGCUCAGCUGUUGUACCUAAACUUACGGAAAAGAUAGAAAUAUAUAAAAAAGAGAAAGAAGCUGAGCAAAGGCAGCUGCGGGCCAAUGAAGUAGCAGCUUUCGAGGGGUGUGUCCCAGUGGCAGAGGAAGCCAACGGGGGCCGGAAGGAAGAAAUAUUUUCUGGUUCAGAUGUUGAGCAAUUCCGUCAAGCCUUACCGGAGAAAGCUGUGUAUAAGAUGGAUCGUAAACGUAGAGGCCAGUGUGUUGUUAUCAACAACCAGAAGUUCACUUCCCUGAAAGAAAGACGAGGGACCCAAAAAGAUGCUGACUGCCUGAAGCGUGUGUUUCAGUGGCUUGGGUUCUCCGUAGAUAUACAUGUUGAUGUGACUAAAUCACAACUGGAGGAGCUUCUGAAAAUGUAUCAGAAUCAUUCAGGCCAUGCUGAAGGAGACUGCUUUGUGUUCUGUGUUCUGACCCAUGGGAAAUAUGGAGCUGUCUACUCUUCAGAUGAGGUCCUCAUUCCCAUUAGAGAGAUCAUGUCGCACUUCACAGCCCAUCAGUGCCCUGCUCUGGCUAGCAAACCCAAACUCUUUUUCAUCCAGGCCUGUCAAGGUGAAGAGAUACAAUCUUCUGUAUGCAUUGAGGUAGAUGCUGUAGAUCCCAACUCAACACACCCUCCCCUUCAGGACAGUGUUCCUGUUGAGGCGGAUUUCCUUCUCGGUCUGGCCACUGUCCCUGGCUAUGUGUCCUUUCGUCAUACCACAGAAGGCAGCUGGUAUAUUCAAUCUCUGUGCAAUUAUUUGAAGGACUGGGUCCCAAGACAUCAAGAUAUCUUAUCCAUCCUCACUGCUGUCAAUGAUGAUGUGAGUCGACGAGGAGGAACAAAGAAACAGAUGCCUCAACCAGUUUUCACACUACGUAAAAAAGUUAUAUUCCCUGUGCCACAGGAAGAACUUUUAUUAUGGUAGAGAGUUUUCAUUGACUCUUAGACUUGAAAGGAACUUUCUCUUCCAACUUCCAACCGAGCUUAGGAAAUCAUUGAUAGAUAGUGAGCUGGCCUC